AGAGAGAGAGAGAGAGAGAGAGAGAGAGAGUGUGUAUAUACACACUUAGCUUUACAGAUUUUCAGUCAAUUAAAUUAAAAUAUAUAGAACAAUAUACAGUCCACAUCAUUGUUUAGGGAGAUUUAAAACUUUUUGUCAUUUCUCUUUAGAAAAGGCCGGGUAAACUUCCUCCAGGCAGAGUAACUAAUGAGUUUAUUUUUAAACUACUCAUUUUGUCCAUGUCUGCAACAACGUUUUGCUGCUCCCUUUUUUCGACUUCUACAGAUAGACAUCCUACUACUUCCUUCCUUCCUUCCUUGCUUCCUUUAGGCUACAGGCUAAAGUAUUCUACUUGCACCAGACGCUGGAGCCUAUUAUCCAAUUAGCGGCGUCAGAGAAAAGGUCGUCCUUGACACGGCUGUUUCCCAAUUAGAGAGCAGCGCGUGCAUUUACUCCCCUACUUAGUGCCGGGCCAUCGGGGGCAUUCCUGUCUUACCAGCACGAGACAACACGCUGUUGUCCCAAAUCAUAUUUAAAAAAAACAACAACAACGACCACCCCCUUUGUAUGAAGGCGAAACCCGAAGCGCGAGAGAGAGAGAGAGGAAUAUGCACGCGCUGGUGAACGCCUUCCUGCGCUGCCUCGCCUUCCUCCUGCCUCCCUCUUGGCUUUGUGUCGGCUUCUGCUUGUGGGCUGGGAAUGAGCGCGAGGAGACGCUGCAGCCGCGGCCCAAUCCCAGAGCUCGUUUCAAAAGCAGCAAGCCUCUUACAUAUGAGGAAGUGGCAGCACUAGCAGCGGUAGAAGCCCAAGGAGGCUCCAGUCCGUCGGUCUCGCCCGGUCCACCAGGCUGCGUCUCGCCGGCUGCUACGAGCCCCGCUGCUCCUCAGGGCCCUCCGUCGGGUCGGAUCUGGAUCGGGGGCCUCUGGCGAGCCGUGGAGCGUGUCCUCGGAGCCCCCUGGGUCCUCCUCCGCCAUCGCUGGUGCCCGAAGACAAAGCGUCGAGCGGCUUUACGCGCGCCGUAUCCUGUCUGCACCUUCGCGUCGAGUGAGAUUCAAAGCGGCCAGGGAGGCGCCGCCGCUGGGGCCGGGGGAGGGGAGGAAGCGGGUGGAGGCGCCUCGACGCGUUCGGGCGACAUGAGCGGGUCCGCGGGGAACCCCGACCCCAACCCGGAGGAGUGCGUCCCGGAUGCGUCAGCGGAGCGCGGCUUCGACGAGGUGAUCAAAGUGGACCAGCACACGCAGGAGAUGGGGACGGUAACGAUCACGGUGGCCAUUCAGGCGGCGGAGGACGAGGAGCCAGAAGAAGUGUCCGCCAACAUUAUUGACUUCCUCGGAGGCAGCUGCAGUGAGGACGAAUUCGGAAGACAUGACAAAUCCAGCGGCGCCGGCACCAGCGGCGGAGAGUUGGAGGAGGACAGCUGGCAGCCGCCGGAUACAGAGGUCAUCCAGAAGCUGGUCGCUCAGAUCGAGUACUACUUGUCUGACGAGAACCUGGAGCACGACGCCUUCCUGCUAAAGCAUGUCCGACGCAACAAGCUGGGCUUCGUCAGCGUCAAGUUGCUCACUUCGUUCAAAAAGGUAAAACACUUGACUCGAGACUGGAGGACAACGGCGUACGCAUUGAGACACUCCGGUGUGCUGGAGCUGAACGACGAGGGCCGAAAGGUGCGCCGCAAAACCGCAGUGCCGGUUUUUGCCAGCGAGUCGUUGCCCAGCCGCAUGCUGCUGCUAAGUGACUUGCAGAGCUGGCCGGAGCUGGCAGCCCUCACUGUAGAUAAUGGAGGAGGAGGAGGAGGAGGCGGCAGUGAGGGGGGAGCAACUCAGCAGGAGCAGCUGAUGAAGCUGCUGUUGAAGGAGUUCGGCGCGUACGGCACCAUCGCCUCCGUCCGGGUGCUGAAACCCGGGAAGGACCUGCCGGCCGACCUGAAGAGGCUGAGCAGUCGCUACACUCAGCUCGGCGCCGAGGAGUGCGCCAUCGUGGAGUUCGAGGAGGUGGAGGCGGCCGUCAAAGCCAACGAAGCCACGUGCGGCGACGACGGAGGCACCGGUUCGCUGGGCUUGAAGUUGGUCCUGAUCGGCACCAAGCCGCCCAAGAAAAAGGUGCCCAAGGAAAGGCCGCGGGAGGAAGGCGGCAUGCGAAAGAGCCGCUCGCUUAACAGCAGGGUGCGAGAGCUCCAGUACCACGGCGACGACUCGGCCUGCAGCUCCUCGGAGACGGAGAGCAACCCCACGUCCCCGAGGCUGGCCCGGAAGUCCCAGUCCUGCAACAAGCUCAGCCCGACCACCGCAGCCCUCAACGUCCAGAACAAUCACCUCAGCCCCAGCAUGUCGCCGCGCAACAGUCCCUGGUCGAGCCCCCGCGCCAGCCCCAGUUCUCAGCGCAAAUCCCCCCAUUCCCACAAGUCCCCCUUGGCCAGCGAGGGCCGGUUGAGCCCAGAGGGCGGGCGCCGCUGGGCGGACUACUCCUCGGACAGCAGCCUCACCCCCUCGGGGAGCCCCUGGGUUCAGCGGCGCAAGCAGGUGGCGUCGCAGGAGAGCAGCCCGGUGGGGAGCCCCAUGAUGGCUCGCAAGAUCCAGAACGCCGACGGCCUGCCGCCGGGGGUCACGAGGCUGCCCCGGGGCCCCGACGGAACCCGCGGCUUUCACUGCGUCUCUGUGGCCGAGCGGGGGAAGACUGCAGCUACUCAGACCUGAUGUGCACACCCCCGCCCCCCCCC